CGCGGGCGGUUGGUCCAGCCUUCUGGCCUCGAGUCGAGCAGGCCUUCCUCGGUGCCCUGGGAGACUGACCAGCAGAGGCAUGGCUGGAACCCCCGCGCCGGGCAGCAGGAGGCGGACCGGGCUCCCGGCGCCUAGCUCUGGCCCACUGCCCAGUAUCGGGCACCCUCCGAGCAAGCGAGCCCGGGGCUUCCCCGUGGCCGCCGCCCCGGACCCCGAAGACCCGUUCGGCGCGCACGGGGAUUUCACCGCCGACGACCUGGAGGAGCUCGACAUCCUCGCGUCGCAGGCCCUCAGCCAGUGCCCGGCCGCUCCCCGGGACGUGUCCAAUGUUCAUAAGGUCCCCAGAUUAGAUGGGAUGUCAAAAACUCCUGCAGGGAAAAACAGAGAAUAUGUUCCAGUUAAAGAUAAUUUUGAAUUAGAGGUACUUCAGGCACAAUACAAAGAACUUAAAGAAAAGAUGAAAACAAUGGAAGAAGAAGUUCUCAUUAAAAAUGGAGAAAUAAAAAUUUUGCGGGACUCACUGCAUCAGACAGAAUCCAUUCUAGAGGAACAGAGAAGAUCACAUUUCCUCCUUGAGCAAGAGAAAACUCAAGCGCUCAGUGACAAAGAAAAAGAAUUUUCCAAAAAGCUCCAGUCAUUGCAGUCUGAACUCCAAUUUAAAGAUGCAGAGAUGAAUGAAUUAAGGACAAAGCUUCAAAGCAGUGAACGAGCAAAUAAAUUGGCUGCUCCCUCUAUUCUCCAUGCCAGUCCUAGGAAAAGUCCUUCUGUGGCUAUAAAGCCAGAAGCAUGUUCUCCACAAUUUGGAAAACCAUCUUUCCCUACAAAGGAGUCUUUUAGUGCUAACAUGUCCCUUCCCCACCCCUUCCAGACAGAACCAGGAAUCAAGUCCCUGGUGGGCAAAGACGUUGUAGAGAAUAAGAGCCACAAUCUUGGAGGUGACCCCAUUAAGCAAGAAGACUCGCAGAAAAGUCUGGUUGACAGCUGGAUGCAGAGAUCAAACACUCAAGGUUCCAUUUUGAUAAACCUCCUCCUGAAGCAGCCUUUGAUCCCAGGGUCAUCCCUAGGUCUGUGCCACCUUGUGAGCAGUUGUUCUGAGGCUCCUGCCAGCACCCUACUGCAGCCACUGGCGUAUGGCAGUACCUUGACUGGGAUUCCAAGCCUGAGGACCACAGGUUGUCGAGAUGGGUCAUUUCCCCACAUGGCCCUGAGAGAAGCCCAGAACCUGGCACUUACUGGAUUGAACCUGGUUGCCAGGGAUGAAGGCUCAUGUGAUGGAGACCCAGCAGAGGGAGGCAGAAGGGCCUUCCCACUCUGCCAGCUUCCCGGGGCCGUGCAUCUCCUUCCCCUGGUACAGUUCUUUAUCGGCUUACACUGCCAGGUUCUGCAAGAUUUGGCAGCAGUCAAGAGAAGUGGAGCGUCUGCAGACUCACCGACAAGUUCCUCCUGUGUGAGCUCUGGAGGAGAGGCCAGCCUCGAGGACUCACUUUGCAACCUGGAAGGCUUCUCUGUGGCUUCACUUAGUGUUCUUCAGCACCUGGUGUGCCACAGCGGAGCGGUCGUCCGCCUAAUAUUGUCAGAUGCAGGGGUGGAUUCUGCCACUAGGGAAGGAAACCAGAGUCUGAUUCACAGGCAAGAUCAUGAGGAUGUGUCCUCAGCCCCUAGGGGGCUUACCAAUGACCAAGGCCAGCAUCCGCUACUGAAGAUGCUUCUUCAACUGUUGACUUUCUCUUCUGCAGCAGCGGGUCAUCUUCAAGCCAGUGUCCUGAGCCAGUGUCUUAAGAUUUUGGUGAAAUUAGCUGAAAACGCUUCCUUUGAUUUCCUGCCCAGGCUCCAGGGUGUGUUCCGGGUACUGCCACAGUGCCUCAGCCCCGAGAGCCCCCUGCCCAGCGUGCUGCUGACUGUUGAGCUCCUUUCCCUCCUGGUGGACCAUGAGAAGCUCGCGCCUCAGCUCUGCUCCGGCUCAGAAGGUUGCCUCCUCCUGCUGCUGUACAUGUACAUCACAUCAAGGCCUGAUAAAGUGGCCUCGGAGACACAGUGGCUUCAACUAGAACAAGAGGCCGUGUGGCUCCUGGCUAAGCUCGGUGUGCAGAGUCCUGCCUCCCUGGUCACUGGCUCUAACUGCCAGUGCAACGUGGAGGUGGUCAGAGCGCUCACAGUGAUGCUGCACAGACAGUGGCUGACAGUGCGGAGGGCAGGGGUGGCCCCGAGGACUGAGCAGCAAAAGCGAACAGUGCGGUGUCUGCGGGACACGGUGUUGCUGCUGCACAGCCUCUCCCAGAAGGACAAGCUUUUCACUGUGCACUGCGUGGAGGUCCUGCAUCAGUACGACCAGGUGAUGCCAGGGGUCAGCAUGCUGAUUCGAGGGCUUCCUGAUGUGACAGACUGUGAAGCUCUCUUCUCUUGGCUCAGAGGCAGCCCUGGAUGACCUCUGUGCUGCUGAAACGGAUGUGGAAGACCCCGAGAUGGACUGUAGCUGAGGCCAGUGAGCACAGAGCCACAUGGUGGCACUAGAACCACUACUUUCCUCACCACAUCAAGUGAUUAAAAGCAGUGAAGGGCUGUUUGAGAACA